AUGGCAUUUGUGUGGAGCAAUGAUAAAAUAAUGCAAUUAAUAGAAUUAUUUCAAUCAAAAUCAUUAUUAUGGGAUUUUUCUAUAAAAGAAUACAAAGAUACAAACAAAAAGAACGAUGCAUUCGAAGAAAUUUCUCAAGCCCUAAAUAUACCCAAAAAAGAUAUGGAAAAUAAAAUAAAUGUACUGCGUAUUCAAUUUACUAGAGAGAAAAAAAAGAUGUCGGCAAAGAAAACUACAGGCAGCGGCGCCAUAGAAAAAUGUAAAUCGAUUUAUUACAAGCUAUUGGAAUUUUUGUUAUGUGGUGCAACCACUUCUGGUGAAACGGAUACUAUGAAUAAAACAGUGGAUGAAUACAAUGCACUUGAAAGUGAUAUGGAGUUAGAGCCAUCUCAAUCACCAAGGCCCACAUCGAAUGCUAUAACAUCUACAUCUUCGAGGAAAAGAAAUCAGACAGAUGACUUAAGUGAAAUAUUUGAUGUUUUGAAAAGUGCGAAAAAAAAAGAUGGAUGA